AUGGUUUUUGCCUCUGCUUUCCAAGCCUCCUGGCAGGCCGGAGUUCUUGCCCUCGUUGGAGCUUCAGUUGCUUCGAUCUUCGUAUAUGCCAUCUACCAGCUAUGGUUCCAUCCUCUUGCACACUUUCCCGGUCCGUUCUGGGCGAAGUUUACUUGCCUCUACUCGGGAUGGCAUGCGUGGAAGGGAGAUUUGCAUCUGGACAUGCUGCGUUGUCAUGAGAAAUACGGGGACUUUGUUCGCUAUGCGCCCAACCAGCUUUUGAUCAACACCUCGAUUGGUCUUCACGACAUCUACGGCUUCGGUCGCAACACCCAAAAGUCGAAGCUCUACAGCGCCAUGGUCCACCGCGCCCCCAACACCCUCACCCUCAUUGACAAGAAAGCGCACGGCCGGAAGAGACGUAUCAUCAGUCAGGGUCUUUCCGACGCUGCCCUACGGCGGUACCAGCCCGCCAUCCUCAAGCACAUCAACGAGCUCUGCACCGUCUUGGUGGGAAGUAAGCCAGGUGACUGGUCUGUUCCACGGAACGUUGCUCACUAUUUCAACUUCCUCACCUUCGACAUCAUGUCCGACGUCCUCUUCGGCGAGCACUACAACAUGGUGACCAACGAUGAGCACCGCUACGUCGUCAAAGCAAUCGAGGACUCCAACGUCCGAACCUCCGUUCUCGCCCAAGCACCCAUCCUCGCCUUCCGACGCUGGGACCGCAAACUCUUCGCCGAGUCUAUUCUCGCCCGCAACAAGUUCAUCCAAUUCGUCAACACCCUUCUCCAACGCCGCUUCAAAGCCGCCAAAUCCGCCCGUCAGGACGUCUUCACUUUCCUCCUCGAUGCCAAGGAUCCCGAGACCCAACAAAGUCUCUCCCUCGCCGAGAUUGGCGCCGAAACCACCACCCUCGUUGUAGCCGGAUCCGACACCUCCUCCACCGCCUUCUCCUCCUGCCUCUUCUACCUCGCCAACAACAAAGACUGGUACAACCGCGUCGCCACCGAAGUCCGCAACACCUUCAACUCCGCCGACGAAAUCACCCUCGGCCCGCGCCUCAGCUCCUGCGUCUACCUGCGCGCCUGCAUCGACGAAUCCCUCCGCAUGUCCCCGCCCGCCGGCUCCGCUCUCUGGCGCGAAGUCGGCCCCGGCGGCGCCACCUUCGACGGCCACUUCAUCCCGGGCGGCUACGACGUCGGAACCGGCAUCUACGCCAUCCACCAUAACGAGAACUACUACCCGGAGGCGUUUACCUUCCGUCCUGAGCGAUGGAUUCUUUCCGGUGCAGAAGGUGACACUGAUGCCGUGGGAGCUGCUGAUCGUGAGGGUUUGGCCAAGGCGCAGGGCGCGUUUAAUCCCUUCUCGAUUGGGCCCAGAGGGUGUAUUGGGAAGGGUCUGGCGUUGGCGGAGUUGACUCUGGGGAUUGCGAUGAUGUUGUGGAGGUAUGAGUUUGCGUUGGGGAUGGAAAGGGGAUGA